AUGAACCAGAACCACCAGGGUGAGCUAAACGAGACUGUGUUUACAGACUUGGACACGAUGAUGAGGCAAACCAAUCCAUUUGCCAUGGCAUUCAGCAACAUGAGAGCAGUGUGGCUGGAGGAACAGAGAAUUGCCAACGCCAAUCCUCUGGUGCAACCCAGGAGAGUCACCAUGCAUUUGGUGGCUGACCCAAACAGUGACCCAAGGCGGUACAAUCUACCGCCAACUCAAGUCAACGAAGUUUCGGUCGUGUUUGCUGGAAACAAUGGCCAACCGCCGAGAAACCUCGACCUGGUGGUGUUCGACUCGAAUCCAGUGAACCCACAACACAGGAUGCAAAACUUAUCGUACGGCUCCCAGCACGCAGAUCCAAUGCUAUACCCCCUGUUGUUCCCACACGGUGAACUGGGUUGGCAUUUCGAACUGCGACAAGAUGACGGUGGCCGGCAAAAUGCUGUGCGCACACGCAACACUAUCAGAGAAUUUGUGUGUUACCGUCUGGCCAUUCGUUAUGAAGGAAAUAACGACCACAGGCAUCAAAAAUUCAGUCUGAUACACCAUGCUGGUUUUCUGUUUCAACAGUACGUCUGUGACCAAUACGUACGAAUGGAAACAAACAACCUACGGUUCAUUGAACGCAAUCAGGGAGCCCUGUUUGCCGAAGCGUAUCAGGGCCUGGUGGAUCACAUCAACCAGCAGUUGCACAUUGAAGAACCUGCACCGGUUGGACGCAGAACGAUUUUGCCGUCGACCUUCACUGGAGGUCCGCGUUACAUGAAACAGAGCUACCAGGAUGCAAUGACCAUAGUGCGCAAGUACGGCAAACCCGACCUGUUCAUUACCUUCACUUGCAAUCCUGGGUGGCCUGAGAUCGUCAGCAACAAAGGAAAUCAUGCAGAAGCAAGUGACAGACCCGAACUGGUGAACAGAGUGUUUGGUAACGUAGACGCAUAUGUUUACACUGUUGAGUUUCAAAAACGCGGUCUGCCACACGCACACAUACUCAUCAUCCUUAGCGAUGGCAACAAGCUGCUCACAGCCGAGGAUGUAGACGAUGUCGUGUGCGCCGAACUGCCAGACCCAGCAGACGAGAACAAUCAGAGACUGUUCACAGCUGUGACGAGUCACAUGAUACACGGACCAUGUGGGCAACUGAACCGCAACAGUCCGUGUAUGGCUGAAGGGAUAUGUCUAAAGAAAUAUCCAAAGGCAUAUAGUGCAGAGACAGUUUACGUUUCUGACGGCGGGUACCCAACGUACCGUCGACGAGACAACGGAAUCGAGGCCCUCGUGAGGGGUCACCAGAUCAGCAACGAGUUUGUAGUUGCCUACAACCCGUACCUGCUGGCCAAGUACGAUGCACACAUCAACGUAGAGGUGUGUUCUACUGUGAAGAGCGUAAAGUAUUUAUACAAAUACGUCUUCAAAGGCCACGACAUGGCUACAGUAGAAGUCCAAGACAGAAAUGAAAUUGAAAAUUUCAUCAAUGCUCGGUACGUCAGUCCGCCAGAAGCAGUUUGGCGACUGUUUUCGUACGAGUUGCAUAAGCCGAGUCACAGGGUGAUCAGGCUUCCAGUCCAUCUGGAAGACUACCACACGGUGUACUUCGCUCCGGGACAAGAACUGGAGCGGGUGCAAAACGCAGCGCUGGCCCGAACAAGACUCACGGCGUUCUUCUCGCUCAACGAGAUGGACCCCGAGGCCAGACAGUAUCUCUACCAUGAGAUACCGAUGCAUUACACCUGGGCGGAAGAGACAGGAGGUGGAAUCGGCGCCGAAGGGUAA